AUGCCUCAGGAGCUUGCUGAGGGAUGUGGUAAAAGAGUGGCAAAAGAUUGUCGGCGUGGGAUCAGACGGCUUACCAUUUGUGUGCCAUGCCUAUUGCAGUUCUCGGGCGCCGAAGUCCAGCAGCAGGGACAGGACGAAGAGCUGUGGGCUCGGGGGGUGGAGCUCAUGAACAACUUUAUUAGUGACACCGGAUGUUUCAAACACUGGGAUGGCAGGACCCCAUCCCACCGAAAACGAGGAGGACCAGCUUUUUCCGAGCCCCUUGCGUACCAUACCAAAACCGCAACUGUAACCGCCUAUCACAUCCCCCCUGCGUCCGUGUCGUUGGGUCAAGUGGGGUCGCCGGAUCAACCCCAUUUUCUCAGCCCCAGCCUCAAUUCGCAAAAGAUAUCGGAUAACCCGCAGGUGACUAAGUGGUUGGAAAGUUACUUGGGGAUUGGCGAAUGGGUGAUGGAUCAGAGCGUUGCGGUGUUGGGGUCGAGUGGGCUGAUGGUGAGGAGUUUCCUUGCAUAUACAUACAUGUGUAUAUGGGCAUGGUUUGGUGGCAUGAUAUCCCUAUCUCGUGCAACGACACAGAUGUGGUUAUAUAUACCAAUGCAAACCUGCGGAGAAGAAGGGCCAGAAGUGGAAACGGGAGACACAAGGGGAAGAGCACUCCGACAUGAACAACGCCUAAAAGUCGACCGACCGACCGACCGACCGACCGACCAACAUUUACUCACCUUCGCUUCCUUGGAACACUACGCCGGCGGAGAAAAAGCAACGAUUGCCGUCGGCUGCCGGUUGUUGGGCAAUGAAUGA